AUGGAUCUCAAAGUGAUCUGUGUGCUCUCCGCCAUCCUCGUCAUAGCCCUCAGCACCUUGGCGGAGGGAAAGACAUUACCAAGUAAAUGCCAAUGUAAACUGGCCCCCAGGGAGCGGAGGAACUGCGGCUACCCGGGAAUCUCAGCAGCGGAGUGCAGGAAAGCUGGGUGCUGCUUCAACGCUUCAGUCCCCGGCGUUCCCUGGUGCUUUGCUCCUAAACCAAGGAGAGUUAGGAAAGUAUGUCCCAACGACUCCUAUGCCAGGAUAAACUGCGGUUUCCCCGGCAUCACGGCUAAGGAUUGUGAAAGGAAGGGCUGCUGCUUCAGGGCACAUCCCGCCGGUGUCCCCUGGUGCUUCUACCACCGCGUGGUGGAGGAAGGGUCCGUGCUGUGCCCGGGCUUGGUGUGCCCUGGAGUGGUGGGAGGUCACGUGGGAGGGAUGGAGCAGGAUGCGGUCUCCUUACCUAUCCUGGUGCGGGUGCAGGUCUUCCUCACCCAGGGUGUGACUGGGGAGAAGAUGGCUAAACCCUAA